AUGAGUAUAAAGAGAAUCAUGCAGAGCAGAACAAAAUAUUCUAUUGCGGUUAUAUGCUGUUUAGUAGGCAGUGCUUGCCUAGGGAUAGUCAGUGCAUCGUAUGUAGAUACAAACCACAAUGAAAGAGAAAGGAGACAAGGAUCAGACUUUAGCUAUAUUAUGAACGAGUUGGAAAAUAACUCAGAUAUAGCUGAUAAUAUUGUGAAAUCCUUUAUGGAGAUGCAUAAAGAGUUAAAAAAUAGAAACGAGCUAACAGGCCAGCUAUCACGGCAGCUGAAUGCUGAAGGUGCAACAACAAUAAAUUCAAAAUAUCCACAGCCUGAAAUAAGGCCCAGUCAAAGCACUUCUACAGUGGAGUCAGAGGAUGAAAAAAUAAUCAAAAACUCAUUGGCACUUCUCGCAGGAAACUUCCUAAGAGUAGAUAACUGCCGAGUGUGCUGUACAUGUAUACAAAUAUCAUCAGGCAUGAUUGGUGGAAUUAAAUCUAGCUCUCGGUGCUGUAAGCAGUUUAUAGAUGAAAUUGAAAGAAUUCUUAAUGAGCACUGCACACCAGCAAUAAAUGGAGAAAAUGCAAAUACACCCGAUGGAAUUAUAAACAGGCUAUUUAACAAGAAUAAUAUAGGUGGGUUUGUAGUGUCUGAUAUAGUCAAGAGAAUUGUUGACAUUCCAGCUACCCGCACAAUGCUUAAAACUUACCUUAUUGUCUUACUGGACUCAAUCCUAAUGGAUAUGUGCAACAGGUAUGACUGUGAUAUGUGCCGAGCCCUCUAUCAGGGAAAUGGAUUUAUGAUUUACCGAGUUGUCAGAGCAGUGAGUCAGCACACACAAGAGAGAGAAAGCCUUUCUCUUAAUGGCGGGAUGUCCAUGCUUAUGAGAAACUUAGGGUCUCUUGAGGAAGUGCACCAACUUCUUCUGGCUCUUAACAGCGUAUUUACGUUAGUAAAUCUAAACACAAGUGCCUUCAAUAUUUUCAAUAAUAAUGCAUUCAUAGUUAGAAAUAAAACAUUAAAUGAGACUAUAAAGCCUGCAGAAGUGCUCUCUAAAGUUCUUCAGAAUGUGCUGGGUCUUUCUGUUGUUCUAAAUAUUGCAAAUGGAAUAGGCGUUUACUGCUUUAUGCAGCAGAACGGUGGUUUAAUCCCAAUUCCAAAUAUCUAUAAUAUGAGCACUAUGGUAUAUGAUGCAGUUAAAACCGCUGGUGUAAAUACAACUAAUAUUAUACAAUAUAUAAGAGAAUACACUGGGGGCAACUCAGAAGUAGAGCAAGGGGUUCUCCAUACAUUACAAAGUAGUGGGGUUUGGCUUGACAGUACAAUAAACGCACAGGCAAAUCUUGAGUUAACACACCAAAUCCCUAUUACGAUUAAAAUUAAAUCAGAUCCUAGCAGUCUUGUAAACAGCCCGAAAUCAUUCUCUACUGUUCAGACAGCAUGUAAACAGAGCGGAAAUGCACAGGGUGCAUAUGCGCCUGUACAAUACAGCAUACAAUCCCGCUCCAACCCAAAUCCCGGGGUUUAUUCUAGCUGCAAUAAUACAGAUUCAUACUCUGCCUUCUGCCAAAAGAAAACCAAGCUUUCUGGAAUGGCAGACCACCUUGCAAAAGCUUUAAACAACUGCGGCACACAGCAAGAGUUACAGAUGCCCUCUAAACCAAAGGGAAUUCUCAAAAAUGGACAGAACACAAGAAGAGUACACUUCCAAGAGCCCCCAUGCAAAAGUUCAGAACAAAGCAUCAACUAUUUAUUCACACAAAAUGGACAUCAGGUGCCAAUAAAUAAUAACCACUUAGUUAUGUCAGCAUUUGCUCCAUAUCAUCAAUUAGAAGGUGGAAGGCAACCCCCGCGGCCUGCAGUUCAUAGUGGUGUAACAGUGCCUGUUGUAGAUAGCAGAGCGCAUGUAGCAAGAUCUAUUCCUACUAGCGCUCCUCAAGGCAGUGCUAAUAAGCAAGGGUUUCGGCCAAUCAACAAACAGCCAGUAACAGGAGGGCGCUCUAAACUACACGCACCAACACCAUUAUAUCCUGUCCAAAAUUCUGGUUCUAACACCUAUGGGUACCACUAA